AUGACAAUUUUUAAUACAAUCUCAUCAAUUUCAAAUUCAACUAGAACUACAUCUAGUUCAAUCGCUACCUGUAAUUAUAAUGGAUCAAUGGCAAAUGUUAAUUCAACAGCAUGUUUUGAUAAUGAUUUUGGAGAAUGGGGCGGUUUAGGUGGUUUCAAUAAUGGUUGUGGUGGGGGUUCAAAUGUUAAUGUUAUUAACCUUGACAUUGAUAUUGGUCGUCGUCAUCACCGUAGAUGUUGCUAA